CGCGGCCUGUUGCAUGGUCGUUUUGGCCAGCCGCCGCCGCCUCCUCCCUCCUCCUCCUCCUCCCAUCUCGUCCUUCCCACUGCCACCAUGAUGGCAGAGUUGCAGCCUCCGCAUGCAACCCGGCUGUAUUUGUUUCUGGCCGUAGGGGUGAUGUGGACGGAGCCCUCCGUCGCUGCAGCCGGGGAUGCAACUCCGCCUGGCAAAAUAGCUGUGGUGGGAGCCGGGAUUGGCGGUUCAUCCGUGGCCCAUUUCCUGCAGCAGCACUUUGGGCCACAGGUGCAGCUGGACGUGUAUGAAAAGGAUGCGGUAGGUGGUCGCUUGGCCACAGUCACUGUCAACAAACAGCAGUAUGAAAGUGGCGGGGCCUCCAUUCACUCCCUCAACUUGCACAUGCAGGACUUCAUUAAACUGCUAGGACUGAAGCACCGUCGAGAAGUGCCGGGCAAGAGUGCUAUCUUUAGCGGGGAACAAUUUGUCCUGGAAGAGACAGACUGGUAUCUGCUGAACCUCUUUCGGCUCUGGUGGCACUAUGGCAUGAGCUUUCUGCGCCUACAAAUGUGGGUGGAGGAGGUAAUGGAGAAGUUUAUGAGGAUCUACAAAUACCAGGCCCACGGCUAUGCAUUCUCUCGCCUUGAGGAACUCUUGCAUUCACUGGGCGGGGACACCUUUGUCAACAUGACACAGCGCUCUGUGGCAGAGUCCCUGUUGGAGGUGGGCGUCACGCAGCGCUUCAUUGACGAUGUCAUUGUGGCCGUUCUCCGGGCCAGCUAUGGCCAGUCAGUGCUGGUGCCUGCAUUUGCAGGGGCCAUGUCGUUAGCAGGGGCACAGGGCAACAUGUGGACUGUGGAAGGUGGCAACAAGCUGGUAUGCUCAGGUUUGCUGAAGCUAACGAAAGCUAACAUUAUCCAGGCCACUGUGACGGCCAUCUCCCUGCACAGUUCAGAAGGAAAAACCUUCUACCAGGUGCACUAUGAGGACGAGGAAGGCCAAGGUUCUAGCUUCUAUGAUAUAGUGGUCAUUGCCACUCAACUGCACGACACCAAGAACAACAUCACCUUUCAGAACUUUGAUCCUCCCAUUGCUGAGUUCCCAGGCAUCUUUCACACUACUGUCACUUCCAUCGUCCAUGGCUACCUCAACUCCUCUUAUUUUGGCUUCCCAGAUCCAAAGCUCUUCCCUUUCGCUAGUGUGUUCACUACAGAUGCUCCUGCCCUGUUCUUCGAUUCCAUGGAUAAUAUUUGCCCUGUCAAUAUAUCCAGCACCUUCAGGCGAAAGCAGCCCCAAGACGCUGCUGUAUGGCGAGUUCACUCCCGGAGGCCCCUGGAGAAGCAGGAGCUGAAGGUUCUCUUCCGUUCCUACUACUCUGUCCAGGUGACAGAAUGGCAGGCCUAUCCUGACUACGAAUCUGCCAAGACCCUCCCACCCAUCGUUCUCCACGACAGCCUCUACUACCUCAACAGCAUGGAGUGGGCAGCCAGCUCCAUGGAAAUGGCUGCUGUUGCUGCCAAGAACGUGGCCCUCUUAGCCCACAACCUCUGGUAUCGCGACCUAGAGAAAGUUGACCAGAAGGACCUGAUGCACAAAGUGAAGACUGAGCUGUGAAUGUGGCAAGUACUGCUAGAGAAGACUUGACAAGAACCACUCCUUUAUUGCAUGCAGGGUCAAGGGGAGAUUGACGGAUCACUCUGGGGCUUUAGCAGGGAGAUAAGCUCAAGACAAACUGUUACAUGCAUCCCUGUAUGCCUGUUGUCUACAACAAGUGUAUCCCACCCACCCCCAACGCUACCCUGUUUCAGAGAUUCUGUGUACUAAUUUCUAUGGGUACCCAGCUACUAAGGCCUCAAAGGCAACCUUGGAAGGGAUCUAAGAUGGUUGAUCGUAAGCUGCAUCCAGCUUGCAAGUUGAGAACUAGUUUUCUUCUUCAGGCAAAGUGCUCCUUACAUGUGUUGCCAUACCUAUGCAGUGCCACUGUGCAUCACUUGGGGGGGGGGUACGCAUUGUGUAAAGAAGCUUCCCAAGAAUGGACCCCCUCUUGCCUCUACAACAACAGCUGCACUCCCAACUUCCAGUUACUUUGUGUUGGACUUCUAUUUUGGAUUUCAGCCAUCAUGCUGAAGGGAAUGGCCCUUUUUGGGUUGAAAUGUGCCUCCACUGUUAAACCCUUUGCAAACCCUUUGUUUUUUCUCCCUUCCCAAACGUCAAUCCUUUGCUUUAUUGCCAAACCCCAUUAAAUUGCUUUUUACUGUGAUCCACCAGAGCGCCCUGAGUAGGGUCUUCAGGUCCUGGCUAAAGCUCAAGUUUAACAACCUAUUGACUUCUACUUGUCUGUACAUAUGUGACACUGCAUUACUACGGUCCUGAUAACCUCAACCCCCUGCAACUAAUGACUGAACUAAUGUUGCCUUACCUUCAAUAUCAUGGAGGUGGUGGCUUUUUCAGAUUUACCAGAUAGACUAAACACACUCCCCUUCAAAGUAUGGCAAAAAUGUUCCCAUUGUUUCUAAACCAGGAGAAACUGCUGUGUAUUCUUUUUUCCUGACCUGGCAUCCUAUGCCAGCUGUUUCCUUGAAUUGUAAGUCCUGAAAUUGGGGUGGGGGUGGGCUGUAUGCUCCUUUUCAUGCUGUGGUUGCUGAAGAAAAGGCUUGUUUGGGGCUCAAAACACACAUUGCUUUAAAUCUGUAUCUAGCAGCAAUGUCUUACCCCCACCCCCAUUUUUACUUUAGAGUAGGCACAGGGGACCUGAUCCUGAUCUUUAAAAACAACAACACCUUCACCCUCAUGCUAGGUUUCUGGUCCAGAUCCUCCCCCUGUGCCUACACUAGAGUUAAAAUGUGGGGGAGACAUAACUGCUUCAUGCGGAUUUAAAGUAAUAUCUGGGGUGGGCAGAAGGGAGAUUGGGAUGUACUGGUAGAGCUGAGUGAUUUUGAAGUAGAUCAGAACAGAUUUCUGACUCCCAAUAAUUUAACAUUGGGAACAACCAAAUGUGGGGAAGGCCUGUGAGCUCCAUUCAGUUCUGGUACUCAGAACAAAUUCCUAGGCUCAGAAUUCUUUAGUUCUGAGUAACAAUUUCCAGAGGAGUAGCUGUGUGAAUCUGUCACAGUAAAAGCAACAUCUGAUGCUGGACUGUAGUCCACAAAAGCUUAUGCUAUAAUAAAUUAGUUAAAGGUGUCACGAGAAUCAGUUGUUUUUAAUUUUGAACGUCAGUCAGAUUUAUUUGCUAAAAACUAUUGGUCAUCACAAACAUGCAAAUUAUUCGGAUUGAAAGGUAUAUUUUAAGGUAAAUAAUCCCCAGCACCUUGAACGCCAUUACGUAUAAUGAAUUUGUAUUUAAUCUGUUGGCCUGUAAGGCCAAACAGAGAGAACAUAUAUGUAAUAUAUUUCUUUAUUCCUAUCACCCAGGAGGUAACUAAUGUUCUCCAUGGUCUUCAAAAAGGGAGCUCUCUCAAGAAUCUGUUUCAGAAACUUAUCCCUUCAGGAGUUAUACAGAUAACAAUUCAGUACUUAAUGUCUUCUACUUCUUUCUAGCCACAAAUACAUACCUGGCAGGUUACAGGUAUUCCAGUAUCUCUGCCCUCUAAAUAUGCUGUAGGCAUCGUUGGAAAUCCCAAAGCAGUAAAUGUUUUCCUCAGCACAACCAGCAGGUAAUUAGAGAAAUGUGGUUUAAUCAGAUUUAACAGAAUAGUAAAAUGAUGAAAAGUGCAUAGUUUGAAGAUGAUGUCUUGUUAGCAAGAGAACCCAUUCUUUAAUUUCAUUUGUAAUACGCUGUUUUGCAGCUCCAGGGUUAGCAGCUUAUGGUCAUCAGGAACUGAUCCAUAAUGAUAAGGGUGUCAUAUUUAUUUAAACAAAUGCGUCUUUAUGUGUGUGAGAGAGAGAGGUGCCAGCCGCCUUUAAAGAGGUGAUUGUGCAACCACUCCUGAAAAGCCUUCUCUUGACCCAGAGGUCCGUUACAAUUACCCCCAGGUUACAAAUGCUUCCUUUUUGGAAAAAGUGCUUGAUUGAGUAGUGGCAACACAGCUGCAGAGGCUCUUGGAAGAUACAGACUAUCUGGAACCAUUUCAUUCUGGGUUUUGGGACAGAAUAAGCCUUGGUCACCCUGACCUGUAUCGGGAGAGGGACGGGGAGUGUGACUCUGUUGCUUCUCCUUGAUCUCUCAGCAGCUUUUGAUGCCAUUGAUUGGUCAUGGUAUUCUCCUGAACUGACUUCAUCUGGUUGGAUUAGCGUGCACUAUUGCAGUGGUUCCGUUCCUACUUGUGGGGUCAUUUCUAGAGAAUAGCAGUGGGGGAUUGUGUCUCAGCCCCUGGCAACUGUGCUGUGGGAUGCCACAGGUCACAAACCAUCACCAGUGCUUUUAAACAUCUACAUGAAGCCAUCAUGUGAGGGGAUUUGGAACAAGGUGUCAUAAAUAUACAGAUGACACUCAGCUCUAUUUCGCUGUUACAUCUGAGUCAGGUAUGGAUGUGCACAACCUGGACUGGUAGUUGAAUGCAGUGGUGGGCUGGAUGAGGGCCAACCAACUGAAAUCCCCGGUUUCCGGGUCAGGGAGUAGCAUAAUUUUGCCUGUCCUGGAUGGGCUUGUUGCACUCACCUUACAAGGACAUAGUCUGGGGGUGCUCUUGGAUUCGUCUCUGUCACUUGAGGCUCAAGUGGCCUUGGUGGCAAAGAGCACCUAUUGCCAACUUAGACUGGUAUGACAGUUAUGAACAUUCCCCAAGAUUGGACUAUUGCGCUUUAUGUGAAGCUGUCCUUGAGUUUGGUUCAGUAGCUACAGCUAGUGCAGAAUGCAGAGGCUAGAUUGUUCACUGGCGCUUCUUACCAUGCACAUAUGACUCCUCGUGCUGAAAGUUCUGUACUGUGUGCCAAUUAGCUAUUGAAGCAUAUUCAAGGCAUUGUUGGUUUAAUAAAGCCCUACAUCUUAUCUGAGAGACCAUCUUCUUCCAUAUAGGCCACCAGGGUCUUUGCAUUCUGAGCAAGAGGGUUUGCUGAUCAUUCCACAGCCUACCGAAGUUCAUUUGGCCAUGGUGUGGAGGAAGGCCUUCUCAAUUGUGGCACCCGCCAUGUGGAAUGAUCUCCCCAUUGAAAUCAGGUGGGCUUCUAGUGUAGCAUGUUUCCACUGACAACUGAAGAUAUGCUUAUUUUCCCAGGCUUUUCUUUGACCAUUAGUGUCUUCCACCUCUAGUUAUUUUAAUUGAGAUAUUAUUUUUUUAUUGUUUUAAUGCUAAGUUUUGUUGUAUUUUAUCAAGAAUUGAUAU